AGGAUUUUCUAGUGAUCGGGAUGGCCGGCAACCCCGUAUAAAUGAUCUCGAAUGGCUUAUUUAUUUCAUGCCUAAUGAACUCUCUAGACUGCCUGACCGACUUAGAUCAUCCUGGGCCGAUCUUUAGGGAGCAACUAGGGACGGUCCACGGAACAGCAGCGAUCGACCCUUAAGAUAUUCCGGGGACGCUAUGAGUCCGUAAUCGUAUGGUACGAACUUGAUCUCCACAAUGCUAAUAUUUGUCCUGUGGCUGAGGCAAGCCAACAGUAACCCGCAUCGCAAUUUCAUCGAGCUUGACGUCGACUCGUCGAGCAAGUCGAGCCACAUGGGCUAUCCAGAAUCUCCACAUAGUGACGCCACACGCACCGAAUGCGCUCAUCCAUCGGCUGCUUCCAAAUGUGAGCAAAUCUUGGUCUUGAUCUCGCAUCCCGCGUCUGGGACGAUGCAACCGUGGUCGGCCACGGGUGCUAGUUGCGAUACAGGUCACUUUUCGAUCCUGCCAAGGGGAGGACAAGUGUGGCGCAAGCUCAAUAAUCGAAUGCUUGUCGCGUCUGCGCAGGUUUGUUGUGCUCAGGGUUCUGCUCGGGGUUCUCGACGCACAGUGGCGCACAAUGGACACAGAAGAAUCAAGGUGAGGCCAUCUCCACUGACGUACUGUUGUCAUGACAGUCAUGAAGAGUCUGAGGCUCUGAGCCCAGAUUGUCCGGUGGGCAAGACCCGCUUGAUCUGGCAGAAGGGAGACUGGAGCCAGCAGGACUGUCUGUCGAUCGUAUCUGGACUAAACAAAGUUCUAUCUGAACGGAUCGCCCGCUGGCUGCUUGGAUCAGCCACCGGCCCUCAUGGUGCCUGUGCCAGUGGGCCAGAUCAGAAAAGCUAUGACGAUUCAGCUGCGGGAAAAAAAGAGAAAGAGAAAGAGAGAGAGAGAGUAGAGAAGAUACUUACCGUGAAGACGAGGAAAUGGACAUGAUGAUGCGGGCAAGCGCCGUGGAGCCGCGGACUGGCAGGAGUGAUGCAGAUGGAAAUUCCCCGAAGGCGUUGAGAAGGAGCUUUUUAACCCUUCCAACACCCCUCGCUUUGCUCUUCUUUUCUUCUCCAUCCCAAGUCAGUC